GGCGUCAGCAUGGGCCUGCCCUUGACCAUGUGCAGGACACAUUUAGGGGCCGCUCCCCUGUGUGCCGUUACCUGGUUGUCGGCCAGAAGGUCGACAACAAGGGGGUCAUGAUGCUGCGUUGCACUUUUUGCAACAAAGUAUUUCAGGGGAGCCAAUUCCAGGCGACGAGGCAUUUCACACGGACGAACUACUGCAAGGACGUCAGCGACGAGGCUUUGUACGAGAUCGCGCGACGGAGUCAACAAAAGUUCGAGAGCGAUCAAAUGGAGAGGGUUGCCAGGUACGCGGCGGAGCGCGGAGUCGAUGUGCCUGGCACGGGUGGUGUGAGGGGAGGAGAGGCGGGGCGGCAGCCCGUGGAGGGAGCGUUAGGAGGGGUCGGGGGAGAUGGUGGAGGUGGAGACACGGAGGAGGGCGAGAUCGACGUCGAUCGCGAGGCGCGUGUCCCGGGCGAGCAGGGAGUCCCGGGACACGAGGACGUGCCUGAGGUUUAUCCAGGCACUUGGGAGAGGAUGGAGGAUUUUUUUAGGCGAGCAGCCAAGGGACCUGUAGGGGAGGGUUCUUCCAAGAGGAAGGAAAGUGGAACAGAUCCGGCCGCCGCCCCAGGUGGGAAGAGGCUUCGCCAGGAAAAGGUCACUAACGUCUACGGUGGCGAGUGGGUUGCUCGCCACAAGAAGACAUUCCUUUGCUGGCUCUAUUCCAGCGGGGUCCCCUUCAAUGCCUUCCCCAACCAGGCUUGGAAGGCAUACCAGCAGGUCCUUCUUCAACAGCGUGGCAGUUCCCCGUGCACUGUGUCUCCCAGCCACAGCGAGAUUGCGAGUAUGCAGGCGGUGGAGACCCACCAUGAGGAGCUGGCGGAGGAGUUGGAGGAGGUGAGGCAGCCAUUGUGGAUCACUGGUGCCACCCUCCUCUCCGACGGGAGGAAAUCACGAGACGGGAGACCGAUCGUGAAUUUCCUUGCCGCCGGCUCGCGAGGGGUCGUCGUCUACACGACGAUCAAUCGCGAGGGCGAGCCGGACGAUGCAGUGCACGUCCUUCGGAGAUGGGUGACCAUCUUCCACGAGUUUAGUUUCGGCGGCCCGCAGCGGGUCAAUGCGAUAUGCACAGACUCCGCAUCGGCGUACGUGGGGGUUGCGAGGGCAUUGGCCUCGCCGGGCAUCCCUCCUGCAAUCAGGAGGAUCACUUGGCUUCCGUGUUCUGUCCAUGUCUGCAACAAAUUGUUGUCAGACAUGGGGACGAGUUGCGACGCGUUUGUGGACGCGAUUACACGCGCUCGUGUUCUGGUGGUGUUUUUCAUAACCCACCAGACCGCCCUUUAUUUCUUUAGGAAGCGCAACAAGGGGCUUGUGCUUUCUUGCGAGACGCGGUUCGCGUCUGUUUAUUCUAUGUUGGACAGACUGUUGGCCCUGCAAGACGCUCUGCAGGCGAUGAUGCGAGGGGAUGACGGACGAGAGUUUGCUUCUAUACCGUGGUCCGCCAAUGUGUGCGACAUGGCGCGUUGGGUGCGCCGACAGAUAAGAUGGGAGCCUUGGUGGCACACGAUGGCCACCAUAGUCCACAUCAUGCAGCCCGUCAUGGAGCUGCUUAGGCGGAUGGAUCGUGGGGGGCAGUACAUGUCCCUCAUGAUCGAGUGGACACAGGAUCUUGUCCGCUGUGUCACUGAUGCAUGCGCUCCUUUGGGGAGGGUUUUCGCUGACCGCAUCAUCAGGCGUGUGCAGGCUCGCACACAGCACAUGCUGGAGCCUGCUCACUGCGCGGGGCUCUUACUGAACCCCCGCAGGCGACAUGUUGAGUACUUUUCGGGCGAGGUGAGGGAUUACCCUCGUUGGCUUGUAAGGCAAGCCAAGAGGUACAUUUUGACGCAGACGGGUUACGAGGAGGAUGGUGUGGAGUACAUCAWUGCAUGUCGGCAGUUUGAGGACUUCCACAUGCAGCAGGGCACAUUUGGGGAUUGGGGAGGGGGGGAGGGGCKUGCUCGUGGGCGUGCUUGCAKYGGCGACARGGAGACGAUUGAGUGCGCGUCCUGGUGGUCUCAGUACGGGUCUGGCGCGCCUGAGUUGCAGCGCUGCGCUCUUCGUGUGAUGCACAUGUGGUCUUGCGCCUCUCCAACGGAGAGGAACUGGGCAGUCCACGAAGGCAUUCACACGAAGAAGCGCAACCAGUUGGCCUUUGAGAAGGUCGUUCAGCUCGUUGAGAUCACCGCGAAUCGGGACGAGGGCAUGCUAGACUGCCAGGCCGGACUGGAGUUGGAGCCAGUGUGCACGGGCACGCGCAGGGGGAUGACGCCGGAGGAGAUUGCCCGUCAGGUUGCGCUUAUCACCCGGGAUCCCAUCGGGGUCUCCGCACCACCCGCCGCUGAGGCCGUAUUCGGUAGACGUCCUUCCAUUUUCCGUCCUUACACCAGGGAGGAUGAUUCUGACGAGGAGCCGGUACCCGAGGCAGCGGAUGACCCCGCGCUCCGCAUUCCCCGUGAGAUCGACGAGACGCACCUGGAUCCCGAAGAGGACACCAGGAUGCAUACUGCACGACGGGACGUUGACAGGGCGGAGAGGGAGAUGAUGGGGGGAGAGGAGGAGUUGUGGGGACCGUUCGGGGAGGUCGCUUCGACGGGCGACGCAGGAGCGCGGGGGACGAGCCCCGCUCCGACGAGGCAGAAGUCGUUCAUGCCGCCACCUUCUGCUCCGAGUUGUGCACCGCCAUCGCCCGUCGCGCCAUAUGAGUCGACCACAGUAGCAGAGGACACGGAGGAGUUGGCGUCCUCUUUGCCUCAGCGUGGACUACUCCACAGAGGCGGGGCAGUCCGACAACUGAGGUUACGAUCACCUUCUCCGGGGGUCUUGCAGGAGGAGGGAGGACCGUCGGCAGCAGCAGUGGAGGGGGAGAUGGCAGUGGAGGGGGGAUUGGCGGACACGACGAUUGCAGGUGUGGUGGACCAGAUAGCUGUAACAACAGCGACUUCAUUGCUACAGGAGAUGGCAGCUUCAGUGUUGGCGGAGGAGGCACCAGCGCCAGGGGGAGCAGAUGCAGUGGAGGGGCAGGCGGGAGGAGCUGGAGGAGCAGCGGAAGGAGCAGCUGGAGGAGCAGCUGCACUGGAUGGGCUUGUGGCUGCAGCAGCAGGAGCAGCUGGAGGAGCGGAUGCAGUGGAGGGGGGAAUGCCAGGAGCAGUGGACGAGGAGAUAGGGGCACAGGCGGAGGUGUCGCGUGGGCACAACGUCCGGGUCCACUUGGCUCUACAACGUCAACCCUGUGUUGCGCAGAGGCCGUCCUUACCAUGGCGGCCAAACAACUCUUCACAAUAAUAAAAGCCUUCGACCUCAGACCCGA